AGAUAAUAAAAAGAAAGAGAUAAAGAAAAUAUGGGUUUCAAAUGUGGGUUCCAAGUUCAACAAUCAUUUUUGAAUCUUAAAUAAGAGAACAGCCCAAAACCUUUCAAAAUACACAUGCUGCAAAUUGCUCACCCAAUCACCAGCCAUGGGAGAGGUUGACGCAGCAUUCAUCCAAGACCCACCACACAGGCCAAAGCUCUCCACCAUCCAAGCCGAAGGAAUUCCCAUAAUUGAUCUCUCUCCAAUAACCAACCACAGAGUUUCAGACCCUUCUGCUAUUGAAGGCUUAGUGAAGGAGAUAGGUAGUGCAUGCAACGAGUGGGGUUUCUUCCAAGUAACAAACCAUGGAGUGCCCCUCACUCUAAGGCAAAACAUUGAGAAAGCCUCAAAAUUGUUCUUUGCACAGAGUGCGGAGGAAAAGAGAAAGGUUAGCAGAAAUGAGAGCUCUCCAGCGGGUUAUUAUGACACAGAACACACCAAAAACGUUAGGGACUGGAAAGAAGUCUUUGAUUUUCUAGCCAAAGAACCCACUUUCAUUCCUGUCACUUCUGAUGAACAUGAUGAUCGAGUCAAUCAGUGGACUAAUCAAUCCCCUGAAUACCCUCUAAACUUUAGGGUUGUAACACAAGAGUAUAUUCAAGAGAUGGAAAAGCUGUCCUUUAAGAUUUUAGAGCUUAUAGCUUUGAGCUUAGGCCUUGAAGCAAAGAGGUUUGAAGAAUUUUUCAUCAAAGACCAAACUAGCUUUAUUCGACUCAACCACUAUCCUCCAUGCCCUUAUCCUGACCUUGCUCUUGGCGUCGGUCGACACAAGGACCCUGGUGCCUUAACCAUUCUUGCACAGGAUGAGGUUGGAGGACUUGAAGUGAGACGUAAAGCAGAUCAAGAGUGGAUAAGAGUGAAACCCACCCCAGAUGCUUAUAUCAUCAACAUUGGUGACACUGUUCAGGUUUGGAGCAAUGAUGCAUAUGAGAGUGUGGAUCACAGAGUGGUGGUCAACUCUGAGAAGGAAAGGUUUUCCAUUCCUUUCUUCUUCUUCCCUGCACACGACACCGAAGUUAAGCCUUUGGAGGAGCUGAUAAAUGAGCAAAACCCUUCAAAAUAUAGGCCAUACAAGUGGGGCAAGUUUCUUGUCCACAGAGGGAACAGCAAUUUUAAGAAGCAAAAUGAGGAGAACAUUCAAAUUUAUCAUUACAAGAUAGCUUAAAGGGUAAAUUGUGUAUGAUAUUAUCAUGAUAUGAGGCAGCGUUGAUCCAAGACAACGUUACUGAUAUGAAUAAGUCCGAUCAACUUCACUGCUAAAUUUCCUAGUGUGCCUUAUGUAUUGAACAAUCACUGAAUAAAAGAACUAAAUUAUUACCAUUUAUCAUGUUUAUCUCAAAAAUUGAAA